AUGCAACGGCUUCUUCUCGUAGCAGCUCUUUACUUUGGUGGCUGCCUCGCCAAUGACGCCAAAAACGCCACCGCGCAAGGGACCUAUGGAGUACAAAACGACUACGAUCAAGGAUAUGAAAGCCCACCACCGCCACCUCCACCCAGCUACGACCCCUACGUUGGCUAUCAGUUCAUACGACCACCGCUUCCUCCAUUGGUUGACCGCGAUGUAUGCGACCUCGAUGCAUCCGUGCUGCUUGUCGUUCAUUCGAAACGUCACGGACACCGUUCUCACCACCAUGAUCAUCAUGGUCAUCACCUCAACCGUGCACACAGAGUCAGAUGCUCCGUAAUCGCUAACUAUGAUGAGGACUCGUGCAAUGUCUGCUGCCAGCACGCUGCCCGCCGAGAUAAAAAACUUCAGAACAACCAAUUCGUUGGUUUCCUCGCAGUCACCGACGAUUUCGAAGGCCAUCGACCCAGUGAAGAUCACAAGCAAGACGAGCAAGACGAUGAAGAUGAGAAUAUGAGGGUCAAACGCAGUCACGAUCACUACUCCAACAAGGUUGAACCGAUCCGAGUGGCAGAGGAAGAUUUCAAACCGAAAAAGUACUACAGGAACGUAAAGUGCGUUUGUUGCGCUCCAAAGCGUCCUCUUCCACCACCGCCACAACCAAUUUAUCAGCAACCAGUAUACCCAUCGAAUGAUCAACCUAACUAUCAACAAGCCACUCAACCUGUCUACCAAGCACCUGUGGAAGCUCCACCAACCUACGCAGCUCCGCAGGCGUCUCCUGUGCAGGCUCCAUAUCCAGCUCAAGCUCCAGCCGCUACCACUUACCAAGCUGCUCCCGCACAAGCUCCUUAUCCGGCUCAGGCACCAGCAACGGCACAACCUACUUACCAAGCUGUGCCCCCGCAGAGCCCUCAACCGUAUUGA